AUGACUAAAGCACUUUGUCUCUGGGCGUUUGAAAGCUUGAACCGCCGUUUGUUCCCUGAUACAGCCGGUUCAGGGUUGAACCACUUUUUGCUGGCUACCGGUUCCACCACUGCAGAGUUCCCCAAGGACGCUCCCAUGUUCAUUACGUGGAACAAAGAUGACGAUUUGAGGGGAUGCAUUGGAACGUUCCUGCCAUUGAAUACAGAGAAAGGCGUGGCCAAGUAUGCGUUGGUAAGUGCCUUUGAGGACCCCAGGUUCCCACCAAUUGAAGCCAAAGAGCUUCCCAGGUUAAGUGCCAGCGUGACGUUGCUUGACAAGUUUGAAAAAAUAGACAACCCGUUGGAUUGGACCGUGGGAGAGCACGGGCUCAAAGUGUACUUUGAAAUUUCAGGCAGGGGAUAUCUGGGCACGUUUUUGCCCAGCGUUGCGGAAGACCAAGGCUGGGAUGCCGAAGAUACGCUUUGGAACUUGGCGAGAAAGGCCCAUUAUAGUGGGUUGAAGCGUAGCGAUACCGUGGGGUUCUACGAACGGGGAAUUGCCGAAGGAUGGCUCCAGUUGACGAGGUACCGGGGCCUCAAGGCAGAGGCCAGUUACGAGGAGUACAAGGCUGCCAAGUAG